ACUUCUGCAGAACUGCCCUGCAAUCAACUGCGAGAGAGGGCUCUGACAGACACAAGUCACCUUCUGAUUAUUGCACUAAGCUCUCCCUGGGGACUUAAAUUUUGGAAGUGCUCCUUUCUACAUGAUCUCCUCCAAGAUGAUGAGUUCUAAUCCAGAAGAAGACCCUUUGGACACGUUUCUCCAGUAUAUUGAGGAUAUGGGGAUGAAGGCUUAUGAUGGCUUGGUUAUACAGAAUGCAUCAGACAUUGCUCGAGAGAACGAUCGCUUGAGAAAUGAAACCAACCUGGCAUAUUUGAAAGAGAAGAAUGAAAAACGCCGUAGACAAGAGGAAGCAAUAAAACGCAUAGGUGGAGAAGUAGGGCGAGGCCACGAAGGAAGUUACGUGGGCAAACACUUCCGCAUGGGGUUCAUGACGAUGCCUGCUCCUCAAGACAGACUGCCCCACCCUUGCUCCAGUGGCUUCUCUGUGAGAUCACAGUCUCUGCACUCGGUUGGGGGCACGGAUGACGACAGCAGUGGCAGCUCCCGGAGACAGCCACCACCCAAACCCAAGCGGGACCCUAGCACCAAGCUGAGCACCUCGUCCGAGACGGUCAACAGCUCAGCAGCCUGUAAGGGCGGCAAGACCCCCGAGAGGACUGAAGUGUCGGCCAAACCCAGACCCCACAGCGAUGAAUAUUCAAAGAAGAUUCCUCCUCCGAAACCAAAACGGAAUCCAAACACCCAGCUCAGCACAUCCUUUGAUGAAACAUACAUCAGAAAGCACGGGCCUCGGAGGACGUCGCUGACGCGGGACUCCUCCUUAUCCCACGUCAGCAGCCCCGCGGGGGGCGCCGAGGAGGAGGAGCCCGUGUACAUCGAGAUGGUGGGGAACAUCCUGAGAGACUUCCGGAGGGAGGACGACGACCAGAGUGAGGCGGUCUACGAGGAGAUGAAGUACCCCAUAUUUGACGACUUGGGCCAAGACGCAAAAGCUGACUUGGACCAUCACAGUUGCUCCUCGCAGUGUGCUACUCCCACAGUGCCUGACCUGGACUUCGCCAAGUCCUCAGUGCCAUGUACUCCCAAGGGGUUGCUCUGUGACAUUCCCCCGCCCUUCCCCAACUUGCUUUCUCACAGACCCCCACUCUUGGUGUUCCCCCCGGCUCCCGUGCAGUGUUCCCCCAAUUCUGACGAGUCUCCGCUCACUCCGCUCGAGGUCACAAAGCUUCCGGUACUGGAAAAUGUGUCUUACAUGAAACAGCAGGCUGGAGCGUCUCCGUCCUCACUGCCGCCGCACACCGCCUCCGGCCAUCCCAAACUGGAGAAGGACCAGGCGGGAGCCCAGGGGCCCGUCUCUGCUGCUCCUGCGCUCUCCUCGUCCCCUCCCCACCCUUCCACUUUGUACCGAACGCAGUCGCCACACGGCUACCCCAAAAGUCACUCGGCCUCGCCGUCCCCGGUGAGCAUGGGACGGUCCCUGACUCCCCUGAGCCUCAAAAGGCCUCCCCCCUACGACGCCGUGCACUCAGGCAGCCUCUCACGGAGCUCUCCGUCAUCAGUGCCUCACGCGACAGCCCGGCCGGUGUCGCAGGACGGGAGCAAGAUGGUCAACGCUUCGGUGAACACCUACGGGCCGGCACAGGGCGGCUCGCGCUCCAGAACCCCCACGAGUCCCCUGGAAGAACUCACCAGCCUCUUUACCUCAGGGCGGAGCCUGCUGAGGAAGUCCUCCAGCGGCCGGCGCUCCAAGGAGCCUGCGGAGAAAUCAACAGAGGAGCUGAAAGUCCGAAGUCACAGCACGGAGCCACUACCAAAGUUGGACAGCAAAGAGAGAGGGCAUCAUGGGGCAUCUUCCUCCAGAGAGCCUGUCAAAGCUCAGGAAUGGGACGGAACACCAGGGCCACCUGUGGUGACCAGCAGACUGGGAAGAUCCUCUGUGAGCCCCACCUUAUUAGCAGGAAACCACAGUUCAGAACCUAAAGUAAGCUGCAAAUUAGGCCGGUCUGCAUCCACAUCAGGUGUGCCUCCUCCAUCAGUUACUCCUCUCAGGCAAGCCAGCGACCUGCAACAGAGCCAGGUGGCAUGCAUGCAGUGGUUUCAUGGAGACCAUACAAUGCUUGAGAUGAUUGAGAAAAAGCGUUGCCUGUGCAAAGAAAUAAAGGCUAGACAGAAAACGGAAAAGGGCCUUUGCAAACAGGAUAGCAUGCCUAUCCUACCCAGCUGGAAGAAGAACGCAGGUGCAAAGAAAUACAGCCCUCCACCCUAUUCUAAACAGCAAACAGUGUUCUGGGACACUGCCAUAUGACUGUGCUAAGGACUGCGUGAGCUCCCCAAGACCACAGGACUGCCUCGGUCACCUGUGAAUCGGAUGUCCUAUAUCUUCUCUGUUGCAGUGGAAUGCCCGUGCUGCCCUGGAAAACCUACAGGAAGCUGUGCCUACCUGUGGCAAAUUCGAGAUAAAUGUAUAGUUCCUUGCAAUUAAGGCACACUUAUUUAUCCCGGAUUAUUUUGAAUCCAGAAGAUAUUAAAGUGUAAAUAUUUUACUAGUUUAUAGA